CAGACCGCGUGGUAAGGAUCUGUGUUGUGCAAUUUUUUUUUUUUGCAUCAGUUAGUUAAAGUUUGAACCAGUUAACCGAACGACGGCAGCCUUGUCUUACAAGAGGACGUGUGUGGUGGAAGUCGCAUAAUGCAAAGAAAGAAUCAAAACAUGGGUAAAAAACAGAAUAUCAAGACCAGAAAGGAUGGAGUGGAAACUCAGGAGGAACCUGAAGAAUUUGUUGUUGAAAAAGUCUUGGACCAGCGUAUUGUCAAUGGGAAAGUUGAAUUCUUCCUGAAGUGGAAAGGAUUUACUGAGUCUGACAACACAUGGGAGCCAGAGGAGAACCUGGAUUGUCCUGAGUUGAUCUCAGCAUUUCUGGAAGCACAGAAGAACAUUAAAGAGAAGCCUGCUGCUGUGAAGAGGAAGGCAUCAACAGAUGAGCCAGAGACAGAGGCAAAGAAGAAAGAACCUGAAAAACCACGCGGCUUUGCAAGAAACCUUGAGCCAGAACGGAUCAUUGGCGCAACAGACAGUAGUGGGGAGUUGAUGUUCUUGAUGAAGUGGAAAGACUCUGAUGAAGCAGAUUUGGUCCCAUCCCGUGAGGCGAACACCCGCUGUCCUCAGGUGGUCAUUUCCUUCUAUGAGGAGAGACUGACAUGGCAUUCCUGUCCAGAGGAUGAAGCGCAGUAGUACCUUCCUAUGACCCCUAUGAGUCCUUUGCACCACUUAGGACCUUUUCCUCAGGAGUGAAGUUUCUUCUCUGGCAUGCCUUUUGUAGUUUUAGCUUGCUUGGUUAUUUUUGAAGAUGUUUCACGACUUGAAAUGUACAGAAGUAGAGGAGAGCUAUGUUGUUGCACGCACUAGCUGAACAGAUUGUGAGAAAACGGGUGGUGGCGGUGGUGUGGAACUGUACCAUGAUUGAAGCUUGUGCUGUUAGAAUUGUUUAGGUGAUGGCAGCUUAGAAACCACUCCCAUCAAGACCUGUAAGGCAUACCUGGUCAGAUUUUGUACAUUCAACUCUUAGUCUGUUAAACUGUCAAUCACCACCAUUACAGCUCAACAUUUUUUUUUCUUUUUUUUUUCUAUACUAGUACAAAUUGUUUGUUUUCUAAAUGUGCAUUUUGUAAACUUUGUUUGUAAAUAUUAUUUGAAGUUCUAAUAAAGGUUUUAUGUGACCAAAUUCCACAGCUUAGUUUUUAUGGUUUCAAGAAAAUGUGUAUUAAAAUUGGAAACAUUAAUACAUGUUUAGAUUUAGCUGUAAACCUUGUUUGUAUGCAAAUUAGAGCUUUCAAGUCAUUGUUUCCUAUUUCCACAGUUGAAACUUGUUUUUUCUCAGCUGAUCCCUCACAUGCCCAGGGAACAUCUGACAUGAUCCGUCAUGGAUUAUGUGUUCUUCGUCCAUAAAGGUCAAUUGUGAGGUUAGUUUUGACAGUGUGUCUAAAUUUAUGCUUCACGUGUAAGAUUUUAAAUAUUGGACUGUUGUGAUUGUUUUGUUUUUCCCGAAGUGGCAUUUUUGAAUAAAGCAAUAAAGCAUCAA